AUGUUUGAAUCUGACGAUUUUGACCAGGUUUUGUCUCAGCUAGAUUUACCAGAAGUUUGUUCUAAAAUAUCUUCGAGCACAGAUAGUAUUAAAGAAAAUGUAUUAUGUAAAACACAAAAAAGCCCAACAAAAGUUUGCAAAGCUAUUUUACCUCGUGAUAAAUAUGGAGAGGCUAAUAAUCAUAAUAUAGAUACAUAUGUUGAAGAUUCCAAUUUUGCAAAAACCUGUAACAUAUCACCCAAACACACUAAAAGAAAAAUUAUUAACUCGCAUUUUGAUUCUCAAUGUAAAAGGAAGUUCCCAGGCCCUGCUGGUCUUUUAACUGGAAGUUUUGAGGAAUACAAGGAUGAGGAUGUUGGUCAUAUAGAGUUACUGUCCCAGGAUAUAGACUUCUCACAAAAUCCAUUACAAAAAGGUUUGUUUGAAUCAGCGCUCUGGAAAAGACUGACAGAAGAUAUAAAUAACUGGAAUUUAAAAUCUAUAGAAACAAUAAAAACUGUCAAACAACUUGCUCUCAACGGUAAUUUGAAAUUUAGAAAAGCCCAAAUUAUUACUGCUUUAGUUGAAAGUGUUGACAGAUCUGCUAUGGACCCACUUGUGACAUUAAGAGAUUUAACUGGGUAUAUUAAAUGUACACUGCACAGGGACGCAUGGUCCAGUUUUUCUUCAUACAUCGUUCCUGAGUACUCUACUCUUAUACUAUGGAAGCCGACUGUAUUAACAACAGGCAGUGCUUUUAAAAAACAUUAUUUAAAUAUCACUAUAAGCAACAUUUUGGCUAUACAUAGUUCUAUAAUAGUUCAAGAUGAGGAGAAGUCACUGCCUGAUGGGUAUGAAAAAGUUACCUCUGAAGACAUCACAAUUAUCAAAAAGAAAAGGCAUAGCUCAGAGAUUAACAUAUCAGAUGGCCAUGAAGGUCAUGUCAUUGGCAGUAGUGAUCUCUUAGAUGACUUAGAUAAUAUAUUUUCAGAUGAAAUAUUUUAA